UAACAAUGGAUACUCUGACUGAUUUCGAAGUCUCAGCACCUGGAAAAGUAAUUCUCCAUGGUGAGCAUUCGGUUGUAUACGGAAAACCUGCCAUCGCCGGACCUAUUGGACUUCGAACAUAUCUCACUUAUAAGAAAAUAGAUCGUCCGGAAGUCAUCCUCAACUUUGCCUCGAUUCCGUUUCAAUCGAAGCUAACUCUGCCAUCUUUCAACGAAUUUCUCGACCAGUACAACUGCGACACACAUCUGCAACCACUCGAACUUCUCUCGACGCUACGCACAACGGAAGGAUUUCCCUUCGCCAAAUAUGUUUCUCCACAACCCGCACACGACUCGAUAAAAGAACGUUUUUCACUCGGCUGCGCGCUCUAUCUCAUGAACCGAAUUCUCCGAUACGAAGGAGUCAACUCACUGCCGAGCGGAUUCGAGCUAACAAUCAAAUCGGUAAUGAGCAUUGGUGCCGGUUUGGGUAGCUCAGCGGGUUAUGGAGUUUGUAUCGCUACCGGAGCUUACAUAAUCGCACAAAUCUCGAAAGGACUUUUGAACGCAAACAACGCACCCAGUUAUUCACUUCAGGACGGUGAUCCCGAAGUUCUGAAGAAAAUCUGCCAGUGGGCUUUCGAUUCCGAGGUGGUCAUGCAUGAGCGGCCUUCGGGAAUCGAUAAUACUAUUUGCACUUACGGCAAUCUGAUCAAGUUCCGCAAAGGUGAACCGGUUGAGAACUUGAAGUUACGUCAGCAAAUCAACAUUCUUAUCGUUGAUACGAGAGUGAGUCGUACAACCUCGAAGCUAGCGGCAAAAGUGGUCGACCUGAAGGACCAACAUCCCAAAAUGAUUCAAUCGAUACUGGACGCCAUGGGACAUUUGGUGGACGACGCAGUGAAGCUUUUGGAAGACGAAAGCGAUCAGUUCGAUGCAUUGCGUACGCUGGUUGCGGUCAAUAAUAAUCUCUUGAGAUCGCUCGGCGUUAGUCAUCCAUCGCUGGAGAAGAUUUUCCAGCUGGCUGAUGCCAACGGGUUCGAUGCUAAACUUACUGGAGCCGGUGGGGGCGGAUGUGCUUUGGUGUUUCUGCCAAAAGACUACGAAAGUAUGGGGGAGUUUGGACAAUUGACGCAAAGCUUGACGGAAGCGGGAUUCGGUUGGAUGACUGCGUCUUUCGGUGGUAAAGGUGUUGAGUUUAGGAUGCUCGGAUGACGAACGGGCAAACGAAAGCAUAUUGAUCAAAGCCCAUCGCAAAAGUAGGUAGAGCUUUGAAGGUAUAAAAAUUGGUGGCGGGAUGAUGAUUGUGGUCAAAUCGGUAUUCUUCGUUCUCGUGGUGCUGAAAAGCCUUUCUACCAUGAGGUAUUUCUCUUAUAUUAUCGAGGUAUUAUUUGUUACAAAAUGAAACCGUAUUUUCAAAUUUA